CUGCUUUUCUGCUUUUUUUCCCUCCAAUUUUCUUUCUUUCCUUCUUCUUAACAUAGCAAAAACCAUCAAGUUUGAAUAGAAUAAUCCGAGAGGAAAUUACUUCAAUUUGAACAAAAAGAGAAUAAUGUUUCUUCGUUCACUGAUACCUCUUGCACUAGCGCUGGCUACUGCAUCAGCAGAGUCUUACUCCAUCCCAGUGUCAUUUGACCAAAUUCUUCAGUCAUACUCCUACUUCCCAAGAGGUAGUGCUGUAGUGGAAGCAAAUGCUGAUGGACUUGAAAUUGUCGGUGAUUUCGCUGACGAUGCAGCAGCUUGUGAUGCCCUUGACGGUGCUCAAAUCAUUUACUACGCAGAUGACCAAUCAGGUAUCUUGCUCACUUCAAACUGUUACAACGUUUACUACAUGGAAGACACAAGCAAAGAGCUUUUGACAUGGGACAGCUGUGAAGAAUUCCCAUUCUACGAGUCUUUGUGUGGUGUAGAAUCGUCUACUUCUACAUCUACCCACACCGUUUCCCCAGACACUUCACGUACUGGUGCAAUUACAAAGACAUCUGACUCAUCAGCUGUUGUCAUCGUCGACAGACCAGCAUACACUGUUGUUCAAAUUACUACAAGCACAGUCUACACAACACGCAGCGAUGGUGUUGUUACUAGCUACACCACUGUCUGCCCAGUAAAGAAUGACGUGAAGACAACUGUUGUUACCAUUACAUCAUGUGAAGAUCAAGCAUGUACUGAGGUUCCAGUCACAACAGGUGCUACUGUUGUUACUAGUGAGUUUGAAGGUGCUCUUACCUCAUACACCACAUACUGCCCAUUACCAUCUAGUGUUCCACAAGUCAUUCCAAGUGCUACUUCUACUACUACUGAGCAUGUUGCUGAGACUACCGGAGAAGUCACCACCGAAGGUGCUACUACUGAAAAGGGUGAUGUCGCUGCCACUACUGCUGCCACUACUGAAGUUACUACUGAAGGUGCUGCUGAAGGUGCUGCUGGUGAGACCACAACUGUUGUUAAUGGUGAAACUGUUACUGUUGCCCCAGCUGCCGCUGUUACUGCAACUUCCGUCCCAGUUGUUGAGGCCCAAUCUACUUCAGAAGAAGCUGGAGAAACUGCAUCUGCCACUAUUGUUACCUUCGAAGGUAAGGGUUCCAAGUUGACUGCACUUUCCGCAUUGGCCAUUGCUGGUGUUGUUGCCUUGUUCUAAUUUUGAGCGUCUUUAUUUACACAUAAUUUCCAAAC